CGCAUAUAUGUAUGUUGUGUUGUGUGUGCGUGGUGAUUUGUGUUAAUGCUGAUAGAAAGAAUUUUAUUAAAAUCUGGUUUUUAUAAUACGAUGAGACUUACAUAAAUGUGAUAAAACACAGUGUUUUGUGUCAUCAAGUGCAAGUGAAUCCGUCGUGAGGCGGUAAUCGUUCAAGUUGGCGAAGGCACGCAGAGGUAUGAUUAAGGAGAAGGAGAAGGGUGGAGGUGCCCGCCUCAAGGACGAGCCCAGUGACCCUGCUGAGCCUGGCCACGGUUCCCGUCCGCCCUCGGCGUCGCUCCCCACUCCGGCGGCGCUGAAGAAAGAACCAGAAGACACGCAUCGUGUGAAGAUAGAACCCCAUAGUCAGCCCUCUGGCGAAGAUUCUGCGUCAGACCUUGGAGUUGACGGCAUUAAAACAGAGAUCGACGGCCUCAUGGACAGCGACGGUAAAAGUGACCCAACAAAAUCACCUUCCUGCGAACUGGGUGGACCUGGUUCGUUAAAAUCAGAAAGACUAUCUUCAGACUCGAACGACAUUUUGGAUCCACAGACAGGCCUCAGAAGCUCGACAAAUAAUCUUCAGGAUGGAAACCCAAACUGUCGUAAUCCAAAUGGCCCAGAUAACAUGGGUUCGUGUAGAAUGGCGGGAGGUGGAGGGCCUAUGGGUCCUGGGGUUUCUAUGGGCCCUAUGUCUGCCAGUGAAGCACAAACACUUCCAUCGAAUGUAAUGAGCAAGCAGUCUGGCAGCAUGGAGCAAAGUCAAAUCUUCGUAUUCUCAACAAUGAUGGCAAAUAAAGGAGCAGAAGCAGUGCUUUCCGGUCAGCACCACUCCAUUAUUGCAUACCAUUGUGCUCAACCUGCAACUAAGAAAUACUUAGAGAAACACCCAUUAAAAAUUGGUCAGUUCAAUAAACAAAGUCCUGCUCAGUGGUUGAACAAUUUAGCUAUGGCAAAAACACGGGGUGGAAUGCGAGGUGGGCCUAACAUGAUUGGAGGACCCAAUCAAAUGGGUCAUAUGAUGGGUGGACCUAUGGGCCCCAACAUGGGGCCGAUGGGUCACAGUGGAAUGGGUCAUAUGGGUCCUAGUAUGAUGGGGCCAAACAGAAUGAGUGGACCAGGUAAUCAAAUGAUGAUGAUGAAAGGUGGACCUGGACAGAUGGGUCAAAUGGGUCCUGGUAUGGGUCCCAUGGAUGGGUUUCCAGGAAGCACCCCGUCCUGCGGUGUCAUGGACGGCCUCGGUGCUGAUGGUGAAAUGCCCUGGGACACCAAAAACCCCUCUGUAAUGUCUAAUGGCAUGUCAAAUGGUCCGGGACAAUUACCUGCAUGCUCGGAAGCAUCGGGCCAACCGCCCGAUUCAGGCUCUGCAGAUGGUGGAGAUUGUCAAACUGGACCCAAAGGCGUAAAAAUACCAGAUGAGAACCUGACGCCACAGCAGCGUGCGCAUCGCGAAGAGCAGCUUGCAACGAUACGAAAAAUGCAACAAAUGUUAUUCCCUGAGAGUGGAGGAAACAAUGUCAACCAAGGUUCAGGAGACAACUCGCAAGCGCCUAACGAUAUUAACCCUCCAAAUUCUACGGCAAAUAUGAAUAUGCCCUUUCCACCAAUGUCUGGAAUGGGCCCUAAUGGCCCUAUGGGACCUGGGCCUAAUGGACCCAUGGUAUCGAUGUCAAAUAAUAUGAACUCUGGACCAAGUUGUACAAUGGCUGGCCCAAUGGGUCCAAAUGGACCUAUGGGUGGUCCAAUGGGUCCAAAUGGCCCUAUGGGAGGUCACAUGGGCCCUGGCGGGCCGAUGGGUGGCAUGGGUGGACCGGGCGGUAUGGGAAUGGGUCACGGUUCUAUGGGUCCCAAUGGAAUGAUGGGGCCUAAUGGACCCAUGAUGGGUGGUAUGGGUCCUAAUGGUCCCAUGGGACCUCUGGGGCCAUGUGGAAUGAAAGGAAUUCGUGGACCAUGUGGAGGACCUGACAUGAAAUCGGGAAUGUGCACAGACAUGCAUAUGGGUAGAGGUUGUGGGGGACCUAUGGGGCGUAUGCCGAACCCAAUGGGAGGUAUGGGAGGUCCUAAGCCCUGUAUGAUGGGCGGACCACAUAUGGGACCCAGAAUGAUACCUGGGCCCAAUCUGAACGCGAUGAACGGUAGGUUUCACGGCGGUAUAAUGAUGGAUGGGAGUAUGAUGGGAGGCAUGAUGCCGCAUGGCGACUGCGGUCCCGACCACCACGGAGUGCCCGUCAACGGACCUAUGUGCGAUGAGUACGGACGCGGAAGAAAUAUGGGUCCAGGAGACCCCGGCGGGCUGGGUCCAGGGUUGGUUCCGGGACUGGGCCACAAGCCCGGUCUGCGCAGCCCUAAGAGUCCCGGCGGUCCGGAUAUCGACUGGCAAAAAUUACAACAUCAGUUCUUUGACGAUCCUAAAUCUAUGGACACCGAAUUAAGUACGCAAGUGAAGUCCCCUUGUUCCGAAAGAGGAAGCUGUUUGCCUCCGCCCCCGUAUGGUGCCUCACCCCUACACCGCUCAGCCUCAGUGCCUAUAGCAACACAAUCCCCGGGUCACGGCUCCGUACAGAUGCCAAUGUCAGCUGAGGCGUCCCGAGCAGGAUCGGGCCUCAACAGUCCGGCGCACUGCAAGCCGGGACCCAAACAGGACGGGCCAGAGAUACUAGAGAAACUAGACGACGGUGUGUUUGUGCGAACGCUCCAAAGCUUGGCGGCGCAGCAACAGAAGAACCAACAGAGCGGCCAGCACGGCAAGGAGCCCAGCCUGAUGCCGGUGCCCUCGCCGCAACAAAUAUCCUACCUCAACCAGUUCGAAGGACAAGAAUUAACGAUACAAAAACAGCCGAACACGUCUUUAAAAGACAACGGACCCCCGUCGAACAGUGGAGGACAAACACCACAAUCAAAUUCAAAUCAAAAGUCACCAGCUGGAAUGAUGCCGGGGACCCCAGAACCUCACUCGUCGUUAUCUGAACAAAGAGCAGGAAGAUUUUCUCUGGAACAAAGUCCAGGAUUCAAUAAUCCGCAGACACCUACGUCUGUAUCAAAUACAAAGUGUGGACAAGAUGAAAAAUCAAGGCCCAGUCCGUCGUCGAACAGGUCAAGUCAAGAUAGCGCAUCGAAGACGCCUCAGCGCGAGUCGGGACUCAACCAGGGACCCUACGCGCCCUCAUCGUCAGCCGCCUGCGGGAACAAGGGCAGCUGUAGUAUAGCCUCCACCACGCCGAGUGUUAGUAACAUUGAGGAUAGCCUCUCAUCCACUACUGAGCCUACGUUAUCAGGGGGUCCGAACAGCACGAGUCUCCCGGGCGGGUUCCCUGGUGCGUGCAGUCUUAGCGGGCGGCCUGACAACAUCCCCAUCAACCCCAACCAGGGACCCGCCGGACCGCUCGGACCCGCCACCUCCUCCUUCGACCCCAUCUCGUCCCUGGCGCAGAUGUCGCAGCAGCUCACCAACACGGUGGGCGGGGCGCCGCCCAUGCCGCCCGCCCCCAACAACAUGGGGCCCUUCGGACCGCAUCACGUGCAGCAUCACCACGCCAUGCACCCUCACUCGCAUCCCCACAUGAUGAUCAACGACUUGGGUUGCCACAUGGACGGUAUGGGAGGACCCGGAAUGGGCGGGCCGAUGGAAAGCAUGAUGGGUGGAGGUGAUUUUCCUGGAGACAUGAGCUUGAGCCCAAAGAUGGGCGGUGGUCCUAUGGGCGGGCCGGGGGGCGGGAUGGGCCCCGACGGCAUGCUGGGCGCGCGCGGCGGUAAGAUGUCGUUCAACGGCGCCAACGUCCAAGUGAAAGCGAGCGCACCCAACACCAUCCAGUACCUGCCGACGCGCGCGGCCCUGACGUGCGCGGGGCCCCGCGCGCCGCCCAGCCUGGAGUUCCUGCGCGGUGUCGCCAACCCGAUGCCCCUGGACAAGGGCCCGUACCGCGCGCCCAUGCGCAUGCCGCACCACUACCCCGGCGGCUUUCCCGACGCGCCUAAGAUGUCGCCGGAGUCUUUCGGUGCGACGUUCCGCGGCGGCAAGCGCGUGGGAGCCGCCCAGCCGCUGCCGCCCUCGGUGGCUCCGACGCCGUUCAAGGGGCAGGGCUUCAUGCCGUCCCCGCAGGACCCCGCGUACGCAGCCCAGUUCCACAACUUCCAGCAGCAGCUGUACGCGACGGGCAGCCGCGCCGCGCAGCCGCACCAGCCCUACCCGCCCUACCAGCCGCCCAAGUGAUGACCGCCGCCGCCUGUCUGACUGCGACCCCCUCCGCUCUGCGUUCUUUGAACUACAGUUUUAAACGUUACUUUUGCUGAUAGCAAUAAAAUUAGUUUUUAGUAUUUUUUACACGGACAUGCCAGACCUUCAGUGUAUCGGUUCCUUUACUUAGCUGUUUUACGUACGUUUCCUAUGCACACAGAUAUCUAGUCAAUUUUGAAAUUACCGGAGCCCGACCCGGGACGCGAGGUCUCCGCUCGACUCUGGAGUGACGCACAACUACAUUAACAUAUAUGUUUUUUGUCCGCUUUAGUCUUA